GGGGGUCUAGGAGCAGCGGUGUCGCCCCCGCGCAGGCUAGGACUGCGUGGUGCAGGUGUGGCGCGUCUUCCCCUACGCCGAGGACUGCCUGAGCCCGCUGCUGCGCUUCGCCUGCCCGCACCCCGCGCUGCACAUGUGCACCCUGGGCAGCACCCUGGCCGUGGCCCUGCACGACCCCGAGAGCGCCACGUACCGCGUCGCCCACUACGACCUGCAGGCCCGCGCCCGCCCGCGCCACCCGCCCGAGGACGACCCGCUGGACGAGAUCACCGGCCUCUGCUGCUGCCCCCGGCUGAAGCUCUUCGCCUCGUCCAGCCGGGACGGGUCGGUGAAGGUCUGGAACCGCCGCAACCAGCUGCUGCGGCACCUGAAGCUGAACACCAUCCCGCACAGCCUGGCCUUCGCCAACGACCACGGGGACCUGCUGGUGGGCAUCGAGCGGCACCUCUACCGCAUCCAGCACAGCAAGUACCUGCCCCGGUCCUACCUGCUCAAGCUGGUGUGCAGUAGGUUUGUGGAGCCCACCCAGGACCCGACGCUGUCCGUGUCCGUGGCCGAUGCCCUGCUGCAGCCUCUGCCCUGGGACCCUGCAGCGGGGCCGGAGCUGGGGGGCCCGCCACGACAGGCCGCAUCCUGGCUUUGCCCACGGGGCACCCAGCCGUGCUGA